UAGCGGAAUGAGCUACUUAGAGGAAUGGCGUUUUUUAAAACCCAUGAUGUUUCUAAAAGACUCCGUCACACCGCGUCGCACUCGUGAUAAUGCAGAAGCAAAUGCAGACUCUAUCUUGGAUUCAUCUACGUGUGAUAGUGUAAAUGAAAUUUCAUCGCCACCUCCGAAGAAACAAAAAAGUCUCUCCCUUGAAAGUCUCUACCAGAAACUUGGCGCAACAAUGGAGAACAUAGAAAAGCAGAUAGCGGCGCCGGCUGAAAGAAGUGAAACUGAUGAGGCCUUUAUGACGACGGUUUUGUGUCUGAUGCAAGACCUGCCAGUGUCGGUCAAAGACAGUUUCCAAGAAAAAAUGAUAUCAGAAUUAUAUCGCUUACGCCGCGAAAAUAGGCAAAAAUGAGAUUGAAAAGAAU